AUGACAUCCGACACGCCCCCUGACACGAUAGUGGAUGAGAAGGGUGUCUCGCAACACAAGGAAAAAUUUGUCACCGAAGCUGCCCAUGAAGCGGCUGGGCGCGGUCAGGCGGCCACCGACCAAUACGGCCGUGCGCUUGUCGAAUUUGAUCGCCGAGCUGAAAGUCGUCUGCGCCUGAAAAUCGAUUUUUAUAUCAUACCCACGGUCGCUUUGUUGUACCUGUUCUGUUUCAUCGACCGAGCCAAUAUCGGCAAUGCGAAGCUUGCCGGGCUUGAAAAGGAUCUCAAUCUUCAAGGAAACGAUUAUAAUGCUGUCCUUUCUGUCUUCUAUAUAUCGUACAUCAUCUUCGAGAUUCCAUGCAACAUCGCUUGCAAGUGGAUUGGGCCAGGAUGGUUUCUGCCAGCUUCAACGUUGAUCUUUGGCAUUUGUUCCGUCUGUACGGCCUUUGUGAAUGAUAUUCACAGCGCAUCAGGUGUCCGCUUCGUGCUUGGCAUCUUUGAAGCCGGUAUGUUGCCCGGUAUCGCGUACUAUAUGUCGCGAUGGUACCGGAGAAGCGAGUUGGCCUUCCGCCUGGGGCUUUAUGUUGUCAUGGCCCCCCUCGCCGGUGCCUUCGGUGGUCUUUUGGCGUCGGCCAUUCUGACGCUGGAUCAUUUCGGCGGAUUGCAUGCGUGGCGGAUGAUUUUCGCGAUCGAGGGAAUCAUCACGAUUGGGUUGGCCCUGAUUGCGUUCUUCACACUGACCGACCGCCCCGAGACCGCUCGCUGGCUCACGCAGGAAGAGAAGAAUCUGGCCAUUGCCCGGCUCAAGUCAGAGCGUGUGGCCACCACCGAGGUUCUGGAUAAGAUAGAUCGGGCCAAAAUGCUGCGCGGCAUUUUCAGUCCUGUCACCUUGGCAACAUCGAUGAUCUUUCUUCUCAACAAUAUCACCGUGCAGGGAUUGGCGUUCUUCGCGCCCACCAUUGUUCGGACUAUCUAUCCCGACAGCAGCGUUGUUGGUCAGCAACUCCACACUGUCCCACCCUAUGUGGUCGGGGCCUUCUUUACCGUCUUCUUCCCUUUCCUCAGCGGGCGGUUUGACAACCGGAUGAUCUUCUAUGUUAUCGCACCCCCCUUGGUUAUGGCCGGAUACAUUAUGUUCCUGGCCAGUACCGAUCCGAUGGUGAGAUACGGAGCGACCUUCGUUAUCGCUAGCGGUGCAUUUGCCUUUGGGUCACUGUGCAAUGCGCAUGUGUCAAACAACGUGGUUUCCGACACGGCGCGCUCAGCUGCGAUCGGGACCAAUGUGAUGAUGGGAAAUAUUGGAGGGCUUAUCUCAACCUGGUCGUUCCUGCCGUUCGACGCGCCGAACUACCACAUCGGCAACGGGUUGAACUUGGCAACGUCGUCCACGAUCUUGAUCCUGAGCUCCUGCCUGUGGGCAUGGAUGAAGUGGGAUAACAAGAAACGGGAAAGGAUGGACGUGGACCAGGCCCUAGCCGGCAUGUCGCAGAAGCAGAUCCAAGACCUGGACUGGCGCAAUCCUGCAUUCCGGUGGCGGACUUAG